AUGGAUCCCACCCACAAGACAGUGCGCCAGAAAAUAAGGUUGUUUAGUGCGGAGAAGUAUGCUACCAUUAACGAGGAAGUAAAGAGACUACUCGCUACUGGGUUCAUCAAGAAAGCUCAUUACCCAGAGUGGUUAUCCAAUGUUGUCUUGGUAAAAAAGGCUAAUGGGAAGUGGAGAAUGUGCAUGGACUUCACCAACCUGAAUAAAGCUUGCCCAAAGGAUAGUUUUCCUUUACCAUGCAUUGAUGUUAUUGUGGAUGCAACAGUGGGACACCGGGUUGUAUUGCUAUCAAGUUCUAUCGUUCAGAUUGAAGAAUGCAGGGGCUACCUACCAAAGGCAGACGGGGGUCUGGGGAUGCAUUUGCAAAGCCCCGACGGUAAAGAAGUGACAUAUAAGUUGGCAUGUACAACAUCAGGAAUGAAGGAGGUGCCUUUCCCAUGGCAAGUGGAAAGGAGAAUCAUCAAGAUCCCAACCAUAGGGAAAGAAGUGGGUGUCCUGGGCUCCAAUAUCCCAGUUUGGGCGAAUGGUGUGGUCGAGUACCUAUAUGAAAGAAAGUUACCAGAGGAAAAGGAGGAGGCAAGGAGGGUAAGGAGAAAGGUGGCAAGGUUCAUGUUCAUCGAUGGAGUCCUUUAUGAAAGGGGUUUCUCAACCCUGUUACUAUAG